AUGAAGUACUCCGCCGUUCUUACCACCAUCGCUGCUCUCAGCGCUAAGGCUCUGGCCGCCGCUGCCGUGCAGGGUACCGCCGAGGGCUUCGCCUCCGCUGCUACUGGUGGUGGCAGUGCCACCGCUGUCUACCCUACCUCCACCGACGAGCUGGUCUCCUACCUCGGUGAUAGCGAGGCCCGCGUUAUCGUCCUCUCCCAGACCUUCGACUUCACCGGCACCGAGGGUACCACCUCCGACACCGGUUGCGCCCCCUGGGGUACCGGCUCGGGCUGCCAGCUCGCCAUCAACAAGGAUGACUGGUGCACCAACUACGAGUCGGACGCCCCCAGCGCCUCCGUCAAGUACGACAACGCCGGCCAGCUCGGUAUCACCGUCGGCUCCAACAAGUCCCUGAUCGGCGAGGGCACCAAGGGUGUCAUCAAGGGCAAGGGUAUCCGCAUCGUCAACGGUGUCGAGAACGUCAUCGUCCAGAACAUUGCCAUCACCGAUAUCAACCCCCAGUACGUCUGGGGUGGUGAUGCCAUCACCCUCAACGAGGCUGACAACGUCUGGAUUGACCACGUUACCACUGCUCGCAUCGGUCGUCAGCACUACGUGCUGGGCACGGAGGCGGACAACCGCGUCACCCUCUCCAACAACUACAUCGACGGAGAGUCCGACUACUCGGCCACCUGCGACGGCCACCACUACUGGAACAUCUACCUGACCGGUUCCAGCGACAAGGUCACCAUGAAGGGCAACUACCUGUACAAGACCAGCGGCCGUGCCCCCAAGGUCCAGGGUAACACCUACCUGCACGCCGUCAACAACUACUGGAACUCCAACACCAACCACGCCUUCGAGAUCGGUGAGGGUGGCUACGUCCUUGCCGAGGGCAACACCUUCGCUGACGUGAAGGCCUCCGUUGAGGAGUCCUCCAUGGCCGGUGAGCUCUUCUCGUCCAGCAGCGACGCCUCCACCUGUAGCUCCUACAUCGACCGCGCCUGCGUGGCCAACUCCUUCUCCAGCUCUGGCGACCUGGCCGGCACCUCCACCGACGUGCUCUCCAAGUUCAAGGGCGAGAGCGUCGCCAAGGCUGACGCCGCUGGCACCGGUCCCGCCUCCAGCGCUGGCCAGGGCAACCUGUAA